AUGGCAACCAACGCGCCCACCUUGAUCAACCUGCCGCCUCCGCCGUCUGGCGACGAGACGCCUGGUGAUGCUCCAGGUACCCCGAACUCGGUCACCACGACCAUGUCUGAGCUCUCGACUGUCGCCAUCAAAGACGGACAUCGCGGCCACUUCCCCCACCACCGGAACCCUGCUGAAGCUGAGCGUGCCGACCGCAUCUCGCGCCUGGCCGGUCUGGAGCGCGUUGCAGUCUCGGGCCGCACUCCCCAAGGACUCAACCCAGGCAGCGCAGCCAAUCCUCCGCCAGGCUACUUUGACGCAAACAACCAGCCGCAGCUCUUCCGUGAGCGCAGCACGGUUGGCAGUGCCAGCGCAACCGGAUCCGUUGGCGGUCGCACGACGUGGGCAAGUGGCAGCGAUGUCUACGAGCCGGACCGCAUGAGCGAGGACCAGGACAUGGACACAUCAAGCAUCGGAGGCUUCAGUGACGAAGCCGCCUCUCUUGUUGGCUUCGGAGAGGGUGCGCGCACACCAGCUCGGCAGCAUAGUCAACUCGGCAGCCCUGCUGUUGGAAAGGCAAGCGCUCUGCCGGGCUACUUGCGAGAACAGACGCCGACCAGUCCAAUGUCCGGCGUCAGCGUGCCUGUCAGUUCUGGUUCGACGCAGACCAUGUCCAGCACGGAGCAACAGAAGAAGGAAGCACGCAUGAUGAACGGCAUGACCUACGAUGACAACGUCGUCGACACAGCGAGCCAUGCGCCCCCCGCCAGUGGUCGUGAUGGAGACUCUACGUCUGGAGACGCCAUUCGCGAGCGCAUGGCGCAGCGUCAAGCUGACAAAGAUGCUGGCAUGGACUAUGAGCAGCAGAAGGACGCUUAG